AUGGGGCAGGGUCCCCUCCAGCCCUGCCUCAGCCCCCAGCCCUACCUCAGCCUCCAGCCCUGCCUCAGCCUCCAGCCCUGCCUCAGCCCCCAGCCCUGCCUCAGCCUCCACCCUGCUUCAGCCUCCAGCCCUGCCUCAGCCUCCAGCCCUGCCUCAGCCUCCAGCCCUGCCUCAGCCUCCAGCCCUGCCUCAGCCUCCACCCUGCUUCAGCCUCCACCCUGCUUCAGCCUCCAGCCCUGCUUCAGCCUCCAGCCCUGCCUCAGCCUCCAGCCCUGCCUCAGCCUCCAGCCCUACCUCAGCCUCCAGCCCUGCCUCAGCCCCCAGCCCUGCCUCAGCCUCCAGCCCUGCCUCAGCCUCCAGCCCUGCCUCAGCCUCCAGCCCUGCCUCAGCCCCCAGCCCUGCCUCAGCCUCCAGCCCUGCCUCAGCCUCCAGCCCUGCCUCAGCCCCCAGCCCUGCCUCAGCUUCCAGCCCUGCUUCAGCCUCCAGCCCUGCCUCAGCCUCCAGCCCUGCCUCAGCCUCCAGCCCUGCCUCAGCCUCCAGCCCUGCCUCAGCCUCCACCCUGCUUCAGCCUCCAGCCCUGCCUCAGCCUCCAGCCCCGCCUCAGCCUCCAGCCCUGCCUCAGCCUCCACCCUGCUUCAGCCUCCAGCCCUGCCUCAGCCCCCAGCCCUGCCUCAGCCUCCAGCCCUGCCUCAGCCUCCAGCCCUGCCUCAGCCUCCAGCCCUGCCUCAGCCUCCAGCCCUGCCUCAGCCUCCAGCCCUGCCUCAGCCUCCAGCCCUGCCUCAGCCUCCAGCCCUGCCUCAGCCUCCAGCCUCCAGGCCUGCCUCAGCCUCCAGCCCUGCCUCAGCCUCCAGCCCUGCCUCAGCCUCCAGCCCUGCCUCAGCCUCCAGCCCUGCCCAGUCCAGUCCAGCCCUGCCUCAGCCUCCAGCCCUGCCUCAGCCUCCAGCCCUGCCCAGUCCAGCCCUGCCUCAGCCUCUAGCCCCGCCUCAGCCUCCAGCCCCGCCUCAGCCUCCAGCCCUGCCUCAGCCUCCAGCCCUGCCUCAGCCUCCAGCCCUGCCUCAGCCUCCAGCCCUGCCUCAGCCUCCAGCCGUGCCUCAGCCUCCAGCCCUGCUUCAGCCUCCAGCCCUGCCUCAGCCCCCAGCCCUGCCUCAGCCUCCAGCCCUGCCUCAGCCUCCAGCCCUGCCUCAGCCUCCAGCCCUGCCUCAGCCUCCAGCCCUACCUCAGCCUCCAGCCCUGCCUCAGCCUCCAGCCCUGGCUCAGCCUCCAGCCCUGCCUCAGCCUCCAGCCCUGCCUCAGCCUCCAGCCCUACCUCAGCCUCCAGCCCUGCCUCAGCCUCCAGCCCUGGCUCAGCCUCCAGCCCUGCCUCAGCCUCCAGCCCUGCCUCAGCCUCCAGCCCUACCUCAGCCUCUAGCCCUGCCUCAGCCUCCAGCCCUGCCUCAGCCUCCAGCCCUGGCUCAGCCUCCAGCCCUACCUCAGCCUCCAGCCCUGCCUCAGCCUCCAGCCCUGGCUCAGCCUCCAGCCCUGGCUCAGCCUCCAGCCCUGCCUCAGCCUCCAGCCCUACCUCAGCCUCCAGCCCUGCCUCAGCCUCCAGCCCUGCCUCAGCCUCCAGCCCUGCCUCAGCCUCCAGCCCUGCCUCAGCCUCCAGCCCUGCCUCAGCCUCCAGCCCUGCCUCAGCCUCCAGCCCUACCUCAGCCUCUAGCCCUGCCUCAGCCUCCAGCCCUGCCUCAGCCUCCAGCCCUGCCUCAGCCUCCAGCCCUACCUCAGCCUCCAGCCCUGCCUCAGCCUCCAGCCCUGCCUCAGCCUCCAGCCCUGCCUCAGCCUCCAGCCCUGCCUCAGCCCCCAGCCCUGUUCUUGGAGCUGGCCUCUCUCUGCCACACCCACGUCAGGAGCCAAAAUGUCUUGUUUCUCAGCACUAGCUCUUGA